AUGAUCAAGAAACUCCUUUUGGUGCAGGCUGCGACAAGCCUUGUGAUCCUUUGCUCCACGAAUAAGUUAAAGAAUGAAAAACAAAUCCUCCGAACAGGUUGUGCUCUGCUGAAGGGAGUGAAAUACAAAACGCGUAAAAGAGCGUUUGCACAGCCAAUCAGCGGGUCUUUAAAAAAGAAAAAGUACAAUACAAGGGAAGCACACGCGACAAAUGAAAUUCUCAUUUUCGACUUGAGCGAAAAACUUAUAAAUUACAAACUCGCUUUUGAACUGCAAAGCUGGUUGCAUCAAUCCAAAAUUAAUUUGCAAAAUGGAAACAAAUUUCCCAUAAGUUCGAAUACACCAAAAUUGGUGAAAGAUAAAACUAAGAGGUUUGAAAAAAAUCUUAAAAAAUAUGAUUUUUGCAUCAUUCUUCAGCACACUCCAUGCUACACCUUGGGCAGCUCAGCACACCUGGGUGACAUCCUUCUGGAUAAAAGGAGUUACUACAUUGAGGAGUUAGGGGAUAUAUACAACAACUUCGACGAAAGGAUCCUUUCCCAAUUUGUUAGUAAGCACGAAUAUAUUAAAAGCGAAAUAGACGAGAGCGAAAAUUAUGAUGAAGAAAAAAACUAUUUUGACAGCUUUUCACAAAAUGCAAAUAAAGUGAAAAUGCCGAUAUAUCGUAUUAACAGAGGAGGGAAGGCAACAUACCAUGGACCGGGGCAGCUAAUCAUAUACUUCAUUUUAGAUUUAAAA